AGACAAAGUUUUAAAAAAUGUAGAACAAAAAUGCUCCCUGAGUUUCUGUUUCCGUUUGCUGCCGCACAGGACCUGAUGCCGCCAGAGUGCCUCACCGGAGCCUGAAGCCAUGAUCGCCGGAGUCAUCGCCACGCCGGAUCUUCCCGUUGCCGGACCUAGGGUCGGAACCCUAUUCCGGUUCUUCUCUACUCUGCUCCUAUUUGUCUCCUCCUCUCUGUUUCCGUUCUCUAUCCGUCUCCUCCUCUCUGUUUCCGUUCUCUAUCCGUCUCCUCCCCGUAUGCCUCCCCGUAUGCGAUGAAGAUUUUCUCUAUUAAUAAAGCCGGUGUUUGAAUUGAAGAAUGACACUUCGAAUUUCCAGUUCUUGCGCCUUGGGGUAUGCUCUCUUGUGCGUCUUCUCUUUUGUUUUUAUGGAAGUUUUCUUCCUUUUAUCUCUUUCUUUUUUUAUUAUCUAAAGAUUAUUUGAAUGGGCCAUUUAGAUGUUGGGUCAUUUAGAUGUUCGGGAUCGGCCCAAUCUUCAUUUCUUCUUUCAUUACUUUUGUUCUCCAAAAUAUAUCUGAAAAAUAUGUCAAAAAGAAAUAAUACUCCAAAAUAAUUGUAGAAUAUAGAUAUGCUUAAAAUUAUGCAUUUUAUGUAAAAAUGCUGGUGUUGAAUUGCUCUUCUUCAGCUUCAAUGAGGUCUGUGACGCUCCCAAUCAUAUUGGAUGUGAUAUUUAUGUUUAUGGAUGCUUGGUCUGUCAUUGGGGAGAGAUUACGAGAUACUUUCUCUAUGCCUUCAUGCCACCCCAUUUCGCCAUAGGGGAAUAACAAUGGAUACUGGAGAGGAUCAUAACAACUGUAAUAAUACUGGAUGUUUUUAGAAUGUCCACCUUUUGCGUAUACCCGAAUAUGCCUAUUCUCACUGACUCCGUUUGCAUCUUCUUCUACCCAAAUGGCUGCAACUUGUGACGUUGUAGGCAUAUUGUAUACCCUUUGGUCUAGUGUUGGAUUAGUUUUUUAUAUGACACUAAACUCAUCUACAGUGUUCAUAUCCUUCAAGCUGUCAAAGAAUUUUGCAUAGGGGUUUUCAGCUAAAGCUUUGAGAAUAGUAUCUAUGACUUCUUUGUCCAUUCUUGUCCCAUGGCUCUGUAACGCUUGUUCUGAUAUCUGUAUCAUAGAAAUACAAUUGUAAAUUUCUUGGUGGGCAUCCAUCCGGCAGCAGGUCAUUGAUGAAAUGGUAUAUCUGGCCUUGUACUUUGAAUGUGUAGAUCCCUUUAUUUCGUCGACAUAAGUUGGCAUCAUAGUUAUGAAUUCCAAUUGAUGUAAAAGCGAAUGUGUUGUUGUAUGUCCUCACACAUGUUUGAAAAUGUCUUGAUGCGUCAUUUGUCCCACAAAAUAGAUCUCUUAACAGUGAUGGAGUGGGGGGAUUUGAAAGGACAAUCUGGCCUUUUGCGCAGCAAAAUGUUGGUGGUUCAUUAAUGAAACGUUGCGCUCCACAGUAUAUGCAGUAUGUGGCUGCGUGUAAUUUGAAUGCAGCAAUAUGCUCUGUGUUGGUGUAUGAGUUUCUCUCUCUUUGCAUAGUUGGUUGGCAGCUUGCUGAUGACGAUCCUGAAAAUUGGUUUCGCGGCCGUCCUCGAGGUUUCUUUUGGGGAAGUUCUUCAGUGUUUAGGGCUGCAGCUGCUUCUGUCACUUUUGCUCUUUCAUUUGUUAACAGUAACCCAAAGAAAGGCAUCACAUAGUCUUUUCACUUAAAUGCGUGUGAGGGCUCAAUCGGGAAUGAUGCUGUUUAGAAACAGUCUACUGGUGAAAGCUCAACUUCACCCACUGCUAAUAUGAACCAAGAUGUUUCUAAGGACUUUGAACACAUGCAAACUCCCUUGGCCAAGAAACCAAUAGCCAGUGUGAAGAUUCGAAAAAAGUAAACAACCUUUGAGAAUGGGCCAGAUUAAAAGUUUGUUUCUUUUUAUAGUCUGUAAAAAGGUACUUGACAGUACUUUGUUGUUUCAUGUUUUAUACCUACUCUGUUGUCCCGUU